AUAAACAGCCAGGGACAUUGCGCUGCAUGCCGAGGUGUGCGGUAUUGCGCUGUACGGAGCUAUCUCGUCUAUUAUUUUUUCGGUUACUGCUGAGGACAUGUCAUCCCGCCUUAUGUUUUGUUAAAGUAUAUAUUUGUUUUCCGUGAAAGUGACAUCUAUGUGUUAUUCAGGGGAGUAAAAUGGGCGCAGGAUAAACGUUUGGGAUUCGUUAAAUUCAUUAGCAAAUAGUUCGGUCUUGGUUAAUACACUCAAAAUAAGCAAAGGAAUCUGAGUGUAAUCCUAACGCUGUUCAAAACACAUUUUAAAGAUAAACGUACCUGAGUGAAACAAAAUGUCGAUACGUUCAUUUGAGGCAUGGGACUAUGUAAUAUUUGCGAUAUGUCUUUGCAUUUCGCUCGGGAUCGGAGUUUACCACGCUUUUUUUGGAGGCGGACAGGAUACAACAGAAAAGUACUACUAUGGCAACCGGAACAUGGGUGCACUUCCGGUGGCGCUAUCGAUGCUUGUGACGUACCAGUCGUCUAUUUUUAUGCUGGGAUAUCCCGGUGAAAUGUAUAUAUACGGAUCUAUGUUCUGGUUAAGUUUUGUAGGCGUCGGGUUAGGUUUUGUUUUGGUGGCAGUGUUUGAGGCCCCCCUCCUCCACCCUCUCAAAAUACGGAGCGCAUUUGAGUACCUAGAGGCACGAUACAAAAGCACUGGCCCCAGAAAACUAGCCUCCUUUAUGAGUGUCAUCAUCUAUGCAAUAUUUAUGGGGCUGGUAGUUUAUGGGCCAGCAAUUACAUUAAAAACUGUAACACAGUUCCCUCUUUGGGCCUCAAUGAUUAUCGUAGCUGCUGGCGGGAUAUUCUACACAUCAAUAGGUGGUUUCAAAGCCGUGAUUUGGGCGGAUGUGUUUCAGUCCAUCAUCAUCGUUAUUGGGAUAUUCGCUAUCCUCAUUCAAGGACUAAUUAAGGUUGGGGGAUCAAACGAAGUUUGGCGGAUCAAUGAAGAGUACGGGCGGAUCCAGUUCGAUGAGUUCAGCCCUGAUAUCACGGUCAGACACACGGUUUGGGGUAUGGUAAUAGCCAACAUGAUUCAGUUUUUCUCCCUGGGCUACAGCCAAAUGGUCGUACAGCGAAUCAUGUCCACACCGACCACGGGGAAGGCAAUGCAGGCCUCGUUCCUGGCUAUCCCCGGCUUUGCCCUAUUUGGUUCCAUUUCCUGUUUCCUCGGUCUGAUGGCAUUCGCAUACAACGUCCAACAGGGAUGUGACCCUCUGAACAAAAAGAUUAUUGUUCGACCUGAACAGGUACUGCCUUACUUUGUUAUGGACAUUUUUGAUAGCACACCUGGUAUGCCUGGUGUUUUCCUAGCUGCCUUAUUCAGCGCCUCUUUGAGCACCCUGUCGUCCGGACUGAAUAGCCUCCCCACCAUAACCUGGGAGGACUUCAUUAAGCCGCACUGUGGGGCCAGGUUCUCUGAGGUCCAGGCCACAAUGUUCGGCAAAAUACUCGUUGUUGUAUUUGGAUCCCUAGCUAUAGGAUUCGCCUACCUGGCGUACCUGCUUGGAGGUCCAAUUGUACAGAUGACAAGCACAGCGACAUCAUGUGUUAAUGGGCCAAUUCUAGGGAUGUUUUUAAUGGGCGCUAUAUUUAAAUCAGCAAAUGCAAAGGGUGCUAUAGCUGGAUGUCUUUCUGGCUUUGCCUUCUUACUUUGGAUCGCUUUAGGUCAGGUUGUACAGAAGUUUGCCACACCUAGGUUACCCGGGGGACCGACAACUAACUGUACAGCCACAUCUAUGUUUAAUCAAUUCAAUAAUUAUACUUUUCAUAAGAUUCUGGGUGUAUACAAGGUUAGCUACAUCUGGUACACCACAAUAGGAAUGUUGGUCUGUAUGCUGGUUGGGAUGAUAGUCAGUGUUCUAACGGUCUGCGACUACUUGGGACAGAUGUACAAGAUUGGAAUCACAUUUGCUAGCGGGGACGGCUGCAAUACAUGCACCUGUAUGCCAAGCAGGAAGGUGAAAUGUACACAAUACCCAUGCUAUCCAGGUUGCCAACACCUGGGUCGCACAUAUGCCCCUGGAAACGUGUUUGGUAAGGGAGACAGCUGUAACCAGUGUACGUGUCUAGAAUCAGGUGACGUUCAGUGUACCGACAACAAGUGUUUCCAAGACUGUGUUUACAUGGGAGCUACCUAUAAGUCGGGAAGCUCCUUCCCUAAAGGCGACGGUUGUAACAGGUGUACGUGUAUGGAUACAGGAGACAUCAGCUGUGAUCAACACUCCUGUCUGCCAUACUGUCAGCACAACGGCAAGUUUUACCCGGCCGGUCGUCAGUUCCGGAGUGGGGACGGAUGUAACGACUGCACCUGUUUGAACGACGGUACCUUCACGUGUACAGACUUCCCGUGUUAUCCAGAUUGUCGAUACGGCAAUGAGUUAUACGUAAAGGGCGCCACAUUUGACAAAGGAGAUAAUUGUAACACUUGCAAAUGUCUGGCAGAUGGCACCGUCAGAUGCUCAGAGAAAAGGUGUCACAACACAUGUAAUUACAAAGGCGCCAUCUACAAUGCUGGUCAGAGUUUUACCCCUGAUACGUGUAACACUUGUUGGUGCAUGGUAGACGGUUCCAUCAGCUGCACGGAGAUGCAGUGUUUCCCAGAUUGCGUUUACGGUGGCAAAAAGUACAAGUCUGGUCAACAUUUCAACAAGGGCGAUAAUUGUAAUACAUGCGUGUGCGCUAACACAGGUGACGUAAGAUGCACGGAUCAGGCAUGCGCAAUGGCUCCCAUAGCAUAACCUCCCCGCAUUUAAAACAGAAUUUUAAAAAAGACAUAUAUCAACAUCAUACCUUACGGAAUGAAGCAUCUACCGAAAUACAACACCACAAC